GGAAAGACUACCUUUUCAGUAUCCGUUUUGGCAGAAUAAUGGAACUCAAGACUGUUGAAAAACUGAUUUCUUUGAUCAGGGACAGACCAACUAUCUAUGGACCGAGACCAAAGCGAGGCAAAAAGAAACACCAGAGAAUUCUCGAUGAACUUUGGAAGGAGGUGGCUCUUCAGAUGAAUCGUUCGGUACGCGAAUGUAAACUGAAAUGGACCACCUUAAGGAAUUGCUAUGCAAGGUUAUUGCGUGAAGAACGUUUACAUAAAGUAAAAAAAAGACACUGGCAUCUAAGAAACGAAAUGAGUUUUUUAAGAGGUCACAUUCAACCAUAUACCGAAGUUAGAGGAAUAACUCACAAACGAACUGCUUCGGUACGCACUAAGUUACCACCAGAUUCGUUAUCAACAACAAAUAACUCAUUUGACGAAAAUAACUUUUCACCUACGAUCGAUCAACUUCAACCUAAUGAAACUUCAGCACACAGUAGCAAAACUAUCGAGAACUCAACAAUUGUACAUGAUUUUUUAAUUGUCGAUCAUAAUAACGAACAGUCCUUAAACAAUAAUAAUUGGGAACAUCAUCAGGAACAAGAACAGGAACAAUUGCCAAUUCCAGCAGAAGGAAAUGAGACAAUCAACUAUUGUCCAACGAUCAAUUUAAAUCCGUUUUCACUAGCUGAAAGAAUAAUCGAAACACCAGAAGAAAAUUCUCAGCUUUCGAAAUAUAAAGAAGAACGAUCUGAAGCAAAUAUUUUGUUCUUAAGGAGUUUGUUGCCCGAUAUAAAUAAACUUUCGGACAGGAAGCAGAGGAUUUUCAAACGGAAAACCUUAGAAGUGCUAGAGUUAUUAUUUGAUGAAGAUGAAUUUGAUGUGUCUAGGGAUGAUAAUGUUCAUGUGAGGCAAUGCCAAAUACCAAGAUCUAACUAUAUCGUUCAGCAGAACCUCAAUCAUUCAGCUAUAGGAUCGGAAAAGUUUGUUCAAAAAGUCGAACCAACGAGCCCAUAGACAUAAAAAGUGUCAUAACUAAAUAUUUUAAAUAUAAUAAUUAUAAACUUAUAAUGCACAUGUGUAAAUAUUGUAAACUACUAUUAAUAUUAAAAAAAAUACAAAUUAACACAUUGAUAAAAUUCUCUUUGACGAAUUAAUUUCAGGGCUGCCACUAAAAAUAAAUAUGUCCCUUCAUUUAAGAUUAGCUUAAGAAAUAUCUCGAAGAACUGAAACUUCUUAAUUACCGGUAGAAAUAGGUGACUUGAUGGUUUAUCUAACCGAAUAGUGGAACAAAUCUUUACAUAGUUUUUUCGAAAGUAAGAUUAUUGCUCUAGAUAUUUUAAAAGCAUUUGAUAUAGUUUAGCACCAAGCUCUCUUAUCGAAAAUGCGUGCCUUCUAAUAGUUCAAUACAAGUUGUAUUAGAUAGGUUAGGUUAGGUUGAGGGGCUGACAGUUGAUGUCUUUACCGUCACAUUUAGAUCAAUACAGAUCCAUUGUGAUACCCGUGAGUAUUGUUACUCAAGCUAAUAAGAAAAUCCUAUGUGUUCAGUUAGUAAAGCCAUUUAGAGGCUUUGACGAAGUUCAGAAUGUUCGUACCUAGCGUAGUAGAGA